ACAAAACAAACAUAGUAUUCUUAAAGAGAAUUAACUAAUCUAAGAAUCAAUCAAAAUACAAGAGAGGGAUGGGAGGAGGAACAGAAGCGUUUCCAGACCUUGGUGGACAUUGUGAAUUCGCUGGAUGCAAUCAACUCGAUUUUUUACCUUUCAACUGUAAUAGCUGUUCGAAGAUUUUCUGUUUGGAGCAUAAAUCUUGCAGAUCUCAUGAAUGUCCAAAAAUCGAACAAAAUAACCGAAGAGUUGUGGUUUGUGAAAAGUGUUCGAUUACAAUUGAAGUUACAAAUUUAGGGACCGAAGAAGAGAAGCAGAAAAUAAGAUUACACGAGAAUUCCAAAGAAUGUGAUCCUUCGAAGAAGAUAAGACCAAAGUGCCCUGUUAAACGAUGCAAAAAACAGUUGGGGACAAUUGCUAAUUACAGUUACGUUACCUGUGAACGUUGUCAAUUGAAAGUUUGCCUUGCUCACCGGUUAUCUAUCGAUCAUGAUUGUUCGCGUAAGAAUCCUAAUUCUUUAUUGGGGCUUAGUCAGAAGAGGGUGGCAUAUUUCACAAGUGAUGAUCAUUUAAAAGUUGCUGCUUUGGCUGCAAGAAACCUCGAGGAUUGUUCCAAGAAGGUGUCUCCUCCAAAAUCACCGCCGUCGUCCAGUUCGGUGAAAGCCCAUUGAUGGAAUUUGAAUUGGAGAUAUUCCGCUGAUAUUUAUUUUAUUUUAUUUUGCUGUUGUUUUGUUUUCAUUUGAAACUCGCAUCCAAGGAAUUCUUUGCAAGUUUGCAACUAAUUGACUAGUAGUGGAAAGAGAGAUUAUAAUACUUAAAA